UCGAUCGCAGCACUUUCCUGUAGGAGGAUAAUGGCUGCAAACUCUAUUGCGAAGCUGCCAGGGGAGUUGGUGGUAGCCGAGGCUCACAGGACCCAGUGUCUCAUCCAGUACACGGAGAACCAGGAGUCCGGGGGAAAGGGAGGAGGAGGGACGGCCGUGUCCGGCACCCUCUCCUGCACCAACUACUGCUUCCACUUCGAGCCUGACGCAGCCCAGGGACUCGCGAGACUGGGGCAGUAUAUCUCCUCGCAACUAGCUGGCAGCAGACGUGUCCCACUCGGCUGUGUCAGGGAAAUCUACAUGAUUGUUGGUGGACGGAAGAAGAUUCUAGAAGGACACGCCACUCUACCAAGGAAAAUCUCAGAAAUUGAAAUCAUAUGUGUGGUAUGUAAAAUUCAGCAAUUAUUUCGAGCAUGAUUUUUUUGUGAAUUAACAGAUGGUCGCUUCUUCUACAAUACUAAAGUGUUGUUUUUUUGUGAAAAUUGAACUGCAAAAACGGUGCAAAUUGUGCACCUCGGAAACUUGGCAUAGUACAGUAUAUACCCCAGUGCAUUAGCCACACCCUUUCUCAAUUAAGUGGGUGUGGUUUACCUGACCCCAGGACCUGAGGCGACUGGUGUUCUCAGUGAAGCAGUGUCCAAAGAACGAGGCAUCCUCAAUCCUGAAUGCUCUGGUCAGACACACAAACCCCUCGUCCCUCUCUCUGCUGUUUGCCUUCGACUUUGCCAGAGCCACGAGGCAGCGAAGACCAUCUCAGACUAACGAUUCGGCCCCCCUGUUCCUGGGUGUGCGGGACUGGCAGCGGGAGCUAACGAGACUGGGUGUGGCCGGAGACCAGUGGAGAAUCUCGGACUCUAACAAGGAGUUUCUCAUCUGUGACAGUCUCUGUCCGUUCCUGGUGGUUCCUGCCAACUCUAGAGACAACACCCUCGACUACGUGGCUUCCCUUCACCAUGGCAACCGUCUCCCGGUGUGGUGUUGGUCCCAUCCGAACACGGGAGUGUCGCUAACGAGAGGGGGAGCCCCUUCAAUUGACGACCCUUCAGAGGCACCUGAUCCAAGCUAUAUGUAUGCAGUCUCCAUGGCAAGGAACAUUGGUCACCAGAUCGAGAACAAGGGAACAGCAACCCUCGACAUCACUAGAACCUGUGGCACAGUCUGGGACCUCCGAUCUGCCUUCAGCAACAUGAGGGAUCUCUCCAUGCCCGGUUCACCCCAGGAGCUAGCUGGGCUGGACAGGAAGUGGCUGACGGGAAUGGAGUCGGCUGGCUGGCUCCCGAUGGUUCGGAACUGCCUGCGCCUGGCAAAGACAGUGUCUCAAAACCUCUGCAUCGACCACAGACCAGUGUUCCUUCAAGAGGAGGGAGGUAGAGACCUGUCUUGUGUGGUAUCGUCUCUGGCCCAGCUGAUGAUGGACCCUCACUACCGCUCAAUCUCGGGGUUCCAGGCUCUGGUCCAGAAAGACUGGGUUGCCAUGGGACACCCCUUCUCCACUCGCCAUCAUCUCAUCACCAAACCCCCAAGUCUCUCUCCGGACUCUGUAACCGACGAACCCUCAGUCGAGGCUCCGACAUUCCUGCUCUUCCUGGACUGCGUGUGGCAACUGUCUCUUCAGUUUCCGUCCGCGUUCGAGUUCUCAGAGUUCUAUCUUCUCCAGCUGCACAGCCUCACCUACGCCAGUCUCUACGGCACGUUUGUCUUCAACUCUCCCAAAAUCUGUCUCCAGGUGGCCAUGUUAUCCCGACACAGUCAGUUCUUUGGGUCCGAUGAGGGUGUGCCCGAUUCGAAUGAGACGUGUUACGAAGGCCUCCUCCGCCCGGCGUGGGGACACUGGCGUGACAACCUCACUCGAGAGGACCGCGAAUACUGCCACAACCCACUCUACUAUAUCUUUGGAAACAGCGAAGCUCGCUACGACUUCAACACCAGUGACCCGCUGCCGAUGUACGACCAAUUUAGUUCAAUUUUCGACGAUACUGCCCCGAAUCUCGUUGUGGGGGGUAGUUAUGGACUCUAUAACAGGGACAGCCCCAUGAAAGACCUCCAUGUGGCGGGGAGGGGAAAGACGAGUCACCAUUACCAGCAGGGGCUCCUUCUGCCAGAGACAUCUGGGUGUUCUGUCAAACCAUGGCUUGGGUUCUUUGCCCGGCACAUCCCAGAUUUUCAGGAGCACUUUGCCGAGCAGAGGAGAGUGAGGGAGAGAGAGGUACGCCUCGUAAAGGAUGUUCGGAGGUUAAAGGACACUCUGAACGAACUGGAAUUGAGUGUGGGUGCUAUUACCAGCGACCUCACUAGUUUUGUUGGUGCUAUUCUCGCCGCACGAGAGAGGGAGAGACGAAACCGCAUGUCGAGUCUCUCUCCGGACCACGCCCACCGGCCACGCCUAUCUGCCAUGUUAGUUCCCUCGGACGACGUGGAGGUCAGGGGUUCAGAGGUCAACUCGUCGUCCAAGACCCUCCCAACCAAGGUCCAAUCACUGGCCGAGUUCACUGAGACCUUAUACAUGUUCUCUGACGACAGGGGUACACCCUCUGGUCUUAGAAAAUCGGCCGAUGGGGCAGUGGGUGGAGCUUCGCCGGGUCCCGGGAACGCCCUCUCUCCCGGCAGUGGGCGGAGUCCAAUUACCAAGACGAGGUUACGAGUGACGCGGACUGAGUCCAUAGAAAGUUCCAGUCUUCAUUCCAGGACCCCUGGACCCGCGUCGGGACAUAUACCACUCCUGGCCAACAAGAUACUGAUCAGAGAGCAGAACGUUGGGCCUGAAGAGGAGGAAAGAGGAGGAGAAACAGCCGGCAAAAGAAUCUAGUCCAGUAGAUGUAGAAUGUACAGAUCUAUGAAAAAUGAUUAUUAUGUUUCCCACUUCACUGCAUUAUGAACCGACAUUAUAUCUCUUGAUGUGCAAAAAAAUUCUU